UUUUGUCAACAACAAAGGGCGUCUCUCCAUUCCAUACUCCUUAUUUAAAAGUGAGGACUAUUUCUUACACUGUAUGCACGAUAUCUUCUUCAGCAAUCACUACUUUCGCUAUGCAGUCGUCGUGGUUGUUGUAAUAGAGUUUGUGCAGCUUUUACUAGCAUUCUGGAUAUUAGGGAGGUUCGUUUUUGCACCAAUUUCGCUUCUAAUUCUAAUGGCUUAUAAGUUAUGGAGCAGUCAUGUGUCCAUCGAUAUUAUAGAAAAGUUUCUCCAAGACCAACAAAUGCUCUCACCUACGAGAUAUUCCUACACUGAUAUCAUUGCGAUUACGGGCCACUUUAGAGAGAAGUUGGGACAAGGAGGAUUUGGGUCGGUCUUUAGAGGUACACUCUUAAGUGGGCAACAUGUUGCCAUCAAGAUGCUUGGAAAUUCUCAAUUCAACGGAGAAGACUUCAUCAAUGAGGUCUCAACAAUUGGUAGGAUUCACCAUGUAAAUAUAGUGCGGCUUGCUGGUUUUUGCUCAGAAGGAUCAAAGAGGGCUCUUGUUUACGAGUACAUGCCUAAUGGAUCAUUAGACAAGUAUAUCUUCUCGGCAAAAGGAACUAGUAGUAGACCCUUUUCCUGGGAUAAGCUCAAUGAAAUAGCACUUGGGGUGGCUCGGGGUAUCGACUACUUGCAUCGAGGAUGCGACAUGCAAAUUUUACAUUUCGACAUCAAACCGCAUAAUAUUCUUCUCGACCGCCAUUUCAACCCAAAAGUUUCAGAUUUCGGACUCGCAAGGUUGUUUCCAAAGGAUUAUAGUCUUGUUUCUCUUAGUGCAGCAAGAGGAACCAUUGGAUAUAUUGCUCCGGAAUUGGUAUCGAGGAACUUUGGAAUUGUAUCUGACAAAUCUGACGUCUUUAGUUUUGGAAUGCUAUUACUAGAGAUGGCGGGAGGUCGAAGGAAUGUGGACCGAUCGAUAGAAAAUACAAGCCAAGUUUACUAUCCUUCUUGGAUCUACGACCAACUUACACAGAACGAUGGGAUCAUUGAAAUAAAUAACAAUAUUGAGAUUCAUGAAGUAGAAAGCAAGCUAUGUAAAGUGGGGUUAUGGUGCAUUCAGAUGAAAUCGUCAAAUCGCCCUUCUAUGGAUAAAGUUAUAGAGAUGUUGGAAGGGGAUACGGAUAACUUGCAAAUGCCGCCAAGGCCCUUUUUUUCAUCCUCGCAGCCAAUCUCUGCAAGGCAAUCUUCCAUUCAAUCUUCUAUUCAAUCCACUUCAAUAGAAUUAUCGAUCAUUUCCGAACAGAACGAUUAUUCAUCUUCAGACAAAUAAU